UGGCAUGAAAGAAAGCCAUCCAUUGUAUACAAUUGUCAUGCAAUCUGCUGUGAUUGGUCACAGUUGUAACCAGAGGCGGACUGACAACUCAUGGGGCCCCUGGGCAAUAGGGGAUCAUGGGGCCCCUGUGUCCUUGCCCAAACUCAAAAAAGCCUAUGAAAAAGGUACCAGGGGCAUCUCAUGGGGCCCCCUACUGACCCUGGGCCCUUGAGCAGUGACCGAGUUUCCAAAUGGUCAGUCCGCCCCUGGUUGUAA